CUCGAGAGGCCGAGUUAGUCAAUCGGUGUCCGGCCGAAACGAAAGAUCUCUGCUAUCGCCGAGCAAACGAAAUUUACCUAGUAUAGAACACUUCUUUUAAUUUUCAAUUUAAAUUGAUUGCAACUAAUUAGGAUACUCCCCAAACGAACCGAACAUAACUCACUUCUAUUCCGACGAACUUGUGCAACUUACUUGAUAUAAUUGCGAACUUCCUGUACGAACUGUGUGAAUAUAUAUAUAUUUAAACAAAAAUAUAACAUACUUUGCUAAACAAUUGUCGAAGAAGUGCUCCACAUACCGACGAUAUUCAACUUGGUCUGUGCGCGAAAAAAGUUGAUUGAAAAUUAACGUAUUGACGUCAUUACACUGCAAGAAACAGUGGCAAGCUGGCAGUAAAUAAACUGUUUACAUUACAACAUCGUCGGUCGACUUAGUGAGUGAGUGAGUGAAUAAACAUAUACAGAAGUUUGAGGCACACCAACUGUUGGUCCACGACGCCCAAGGAUUUCACAGCUAAUGAUUGAGGAGAAUCCAACGAUGACCAGGUGAAGUAUAGCAGGGACUUUCGGCAGGGUCGGAGUGCACCGCAUAUGCAGUACUUGAAAAAGCAGAAACCCAAAAAAACGACGGCAACAUUUUUAUAUACUAAAGUUACAUAAAAAUGGCUGAAAACCAAACCAAAACGACCUCUAGCAAGGGAUGUAAUACAAUGAGCAGGACCGCCCAUGUCCUGGCGCCCCACAAUGGGACUGUGGUCCGCCGGACGGAUCCUGGCUCCAAACUCAAAGAGAGCUUCCACAUGGAGAAGCGCGAUAUCGAAGACUGGCAAACGAUGGCCAAGAGCAAGUUGAAGCGCAAGAAGAAACUGAGCAGCUCCCUGACUUCCGUGGGGGAUACGGUGAAUCAGGAGAAGCGCACCCGCAUCGAGGGCAUUCAGCUGCAUUGUCGCGGCAAAUUGCGACCCAAGGAUACCCAAUCCUUUGAGGCCGAGAAGCGCCCACCAGCAGGCUCCCAGAAGCAAAUGGGAAAGGCAGAAAAAGAUCGGGAACGACCCGUAAUAAUUGGUGGCGUGACUACCACCAAUGUGAUAGCAGCACCUCCACAGAGGAUCAAGAGGAAACUGCAGGAGAACAUGGACACCAUCCAGAAGCUAAAUGCCCUUACGGAGCAACUGCGUCUGGAGGUGAAUGAACUGAAGUCCAGUUUGAUCACAGAACGCGGUGCAGUGAGGGCCUUAAGGGCUCAGAAUGACGCAGAUAGUCGUCGGUGGAAGAGUGAAGUGAAGAAGUUGCAGCACACACUGGAAAUGGCCAAGAAGAGCAACGGUAUAAAGAAGGCCAUCGAAUCGGGCCCAGAAUCGAGUGGUGCACAUGUGACCGCCGAUGGCCUCAUCAACUAUGAAAUCCAAAGACUGACUAACGAGAUUGCCGUGCUGAAGGAAGCGAAUCGAAACAAGGAGGAGAAGACCCAGAUUAUGGGGCAGGCUGAUAGACUCAAGGCUGCCGAUAUGCGGCAAUUGAAGAACGCGUACGAAAACCGAUUGACUCACAUACAGAAAUCAGCCAAAAUUGAAAUAACACGUUUGCUAGAGGAAAUAAAGACCAAAGAACGUAAUAUAGGACAACUGAGGAAGGACUUGCUGGCACUGCAGAGUCCCAAGAAGCUGAAGCAGAAUGAAGCCAAAGUGCCAGCGACGACGAAACCCAAAACGAACCCCAACGAAACGAGCCAAAAGCCAAAGAAACCCACUACGAAGGCGGCGGGAGAAACAAAAGCUAAAACCGAACCAGAUACAGAUACAGAUAUAUCCGAGCAAAAUCCCAUACGCCAGGCUCAAGUUACACCUGAGAUAACCCAACUCAAGAACAUUGAGCUAAUCAACAAUACGAAAAAUGCACAUAAAUCAGCGCUCGAGAUGCGCACAACAAUGAAGAGCAGUCAGCCGAAUGGAUUGGAUGAUGCUCCUACACGGAUGAGGGCCCCCGACGAGAUGAGGGCCACCACUUGGAUGACGACGCUGCUAGGCAGUCACAGCCACAGCCAUCCGGCAGUAGCCAAGUCGAAGGAUCCCAAUUCGGACACGGACUCGGCCUUGUCCUCGGCCCCGCCCUCCAUCAGCCCGCAGCCGCCCUCCAGCGGAUCCGACAGCGGCGUGAUUUGGCAAACACUGCAGGAUCUGGACAAGUUGCAAAAGGAAGCGGAAAUGUACCAAAAGGAGAACGAGCGCCUGCAGACGGAGGUGCAGCUGAUGAAACAGGAGCUGGAUGCCGCGGAAAAGGCGGCCAUGAGCAGUGGCAAGAAGCAGGCCCAGAUCGGGGAGCUGAUGCAGCGCAUCAAGGAGCUGGAGGAGAAGCAGUCGAGCUUGGAGGACGAGGCCAGCGAACUGAGGGAACAGAAUGAACUCCUUGAGUUUCGCAUACUCGAGCUGGAAGAUGAUAGCGAUAAGAUGGAGAGCACCUGCGAGGGCCACUGCCAGAGUCUGCAGGAACUGCUGGAGCAGUCUGCCCAGCAGCUGGAGGAUCGGGAAAAGCGCUGCUUGCAACAAUUGCUGCAGUGCGUCCAGCAACUGGAUCUGGAUGCCAUAAAGCCAGGCGAUCAGAACCGGACGGAAACUCCCAGAAGGCACAAUCCAACACAUAGUCACAGCCACAGUCAAAGUCACAACCACAGGAUCGUAGCCACAGUUCAGCCGUAUAGCAACUGUGCCACGCCCACAGCUCCGCCCACGCCAAGCAAGAGGCACUGCAGCCAGGUGAGCUCGUGGCAGAGCAGCAGCCUCAGCGAGAGCGGAGUGUUCGUAGAGUGCGAUCUGCCUUCGAAUCCCAAUCCCAUUGGCCACCCGCAUCUGCUGUUCUACCAGGAGCGAUUGGAGCAGUUGGAGGGCAAGCUGCUGAUCUACGAGAGCAGCGGCGAGACCCAGGCACGGCACUUGGCCCAGAGACUGCAGCGGGAACUGCAGCUGGAGAAGGAUCUCAAAGAGCUUGCGGACCGAGUGGAAUUGCUAAUCGAGCAAAACGCCCAGUUGGAGGAGGCCAAGUGCGAGUUUGAGGAGGCCGAGAACGAUACACGACUCCAUUUGCAGCGUAACGAGGUGGAACUUGAAAUUCUUCGCCAGCGCAACGUGGAGUUGGAAUUUGGCAAGGAAGCCCUGGGCGCCAAGUAUCAGGAUUGCAGGGCGGAGGUACUAAUCCUUCGAGAGGAUCUCGCGGCAGCUGAAACCCAACUGGAGCAUCUGCAGGCUGAAAGAAAGCAAGCCAGAAAGGAGCUUCAGGAUCUGAGAAGAUCGCUUCCAUUACUCCUAAUCUUCCGCUUCUUAUCACUAGCCAAAAUGGGCAACGAGGAAUCCUCCAUGGGAGGCAGACCCCGCCUAUCCUCGGGCUACACUUCUUCUAUACACCAGGAUCGUGAUUUCAGUGCCAAGAUGCAAACAACGGAAUUUGGCCUCGGUCAAGCGGGAUUCACCGAUUCCGGUGAGGAUCGGGAGAUCGUUUACCUAAAGGAAGAAGUCAAGAGUCUGCGUAGCCAACUGAAAGAGCUAAAUGCCCGGCACUACGAAGCCAUGGAAACAGCAGACUCACACUGGGUAGAUCUGGAGCAGCAGUACAAGGAGCGCGAGGAGGCCCAACAGGCCAAGGAGGCCAGUCUCAAGCAGAAGAUAGCCCAACUGCAAGAUUGCCUCCGGGAGGAUUCCCGGGCGGCAACCGAAAAGAUCCAGCAGCUGGAGGAGGGGGAACUGUCACUGAAGUCCUGUCUGGUCCGCAUGACCAAGGAGCAUCGCGACUUGCUCACCGAGAAUCGCACUCUACAGUGCAGCUUGGAGAGUCUAAUGGCCAAAAUGGAAAAGGAGGCAGAACACAAGAUGCCCCUGACAGAGGCUCUGGAAAACGAGAGGCGCAGGACCCAGACACUGAUGGAUGACCUCAUCUUUGCCAAGAAGGUGCAGCAGAACACCGAGGAUCAGUUGAGGCAGGAGACGGAUGCUUUGCGCACCCAGAUCUUCAACAUCAAAAAGGAUUACCUGCACAUCGAGGUCACCAACGGCGAGCUGAAAGAGGAGGUGGGCACGCUGGAGAACAAAAUCCGCCAGAUGGAGAACCAAAUGAGGGAUUCGGAGGAGCGGGCGCGCUGCCUGGAGGACGAGCUGCGCACCAAGGACGAACAAUGCCAGCUCUUGGAACGCAAACUGGGCGUUAUGCCCGAAGGCUACAGCCUGGCCGAUGAACUCCAUGAUAGUCCUGCAAAGCGGGCCAAGAAGGAUGAGGUGCCGAGCCUCCAGGCUGCCAGCCAGGGACUGGGCGUGGCCCUACUCGAUCUAGAGGGUCGUGAUUUUGGUCUACCACUCCACAAGGACUUCCAAGCGAUCGCCUGCAGUGUGAAGCAAUUGGCGGAUACCCUUCUCUCGCAGAGUCCGUCCGAGGUGAGUCUUCAAAGCAAAGAGCCUGCCAAGCCAGCUGGUUCGGAACCCGAAGGCUCCAGUUGGGCUACGGUACAGGAUGCCUCCUCAGAAAAAAUACCUGAGACGGGAUUAUCAACUGUGACUAGUCUAGAAUGCCAGGGAAAUCAAGAAACUCAAGAUUAUCAGGUCAUUCAAGAAAAUUCGGGAAGUCUAGGAAGUCAAGUCGAUUCGGAAUGUCUAGAAAGUCAAGAAAGAAAUCCCGUUAGCAGCAAGAAAUCUAGUUAUGUUAGUGUCCUGACAUCCUCAUGCCGGUCAAUAGUCCGGGAAUUAGCUGGGGGAUCAGCCCAAAAAUCUGAACUACACCUUGGUGAAUCGGACAGCAGGGCGGAUCCGCAGAUAAUUCAACCAACGGAUGAGGAAGAGAAGAAGGUCACCGCGUUGCCGUCUUCCAUGAGGCAGCUGUUCAACGAGGUUUGCUCUGUGGAUCACGAACCCGAGCACGAACCCGAGCUUAAGAAGAAAAGCAAAAAGGGGGCAAAGGAUAAGAAGGAGAAGCACCCAAAACCAAACAGUCGCCAGCGAAGAAUACAGCGUUUCCUCUUCCGUCACAUUUACCAUCCACGUACGGGCGAUCGAGCUCUGGGUUUCCCGCUUGAAAAGAGCCUCUCCUGCAGUAGUUUCUACUCGCUUUUGUCAGUUCACUCGGUUCACUCGGCCAGAUCCGGCAUUUCUAUGCACUCCCUUCACGCUGAAGUUGUUAAUCGUGAUUUGGGAUCUCUGACCAGUGUGUCAUUUGUACAAACGGACGAGCUGAAAACCCUGGAGGGGGAGGUUCAGGUCACGGCAGAGAGCAAUGAACAGGAGAUACAAGUUCAACCAGAGACGGUCGAGUGUGGAACACAGGUCGAUGUGGGUGUGGAGCAACGACUGCUCCUGAUGCCUCUGAGAACCAGGUGCUUCGUGGAUUUGCUUCAGGGCGCCGUUGACGGAUACCUCGAUGUUGCCGCCUUCCGGACCCGUCUUCUUCGCUUAUGGGAGGGUGGAGAGGAUUUCCGUGAACACCUUGAAUUUUUGCAAGACAUGUGGAUUGAAAAGAGUACUCAGAAGUCGCAGGAGAGCUACGAAGGAUUUGUGGCUGCUCUGGACUGUGUGCACAACUUAAAGUUGGCCCUUAAGCCCGCAUCUUCGGCGCUUCUGCAACAGAUCGAGCGGCGAAUCCACACAAGACUUCUGCUCUUCCACAACCACAAGGCGGAAUCGGAGUUCUGCUGCACUGUCUACAUUCCCGUGGAGAGGAGCAAUUCCACGUUGUUCAGGGCUAAUAAAUAGUAGCCUUUACCUCUAUGUAAAUACUCCAUACAUAAAUGUAAAUUACCAAGUGA